AUGAAGCCCACAUGGCACGGCCAGCGACAGCUAACGGUUCUGCAUGUUCUUGGCACUAGGAUCGGCCAGAACCCAACGGGCGGUAUUCUCUCCGUCGAACGACGAAAAGAAAUCUAUGCACUCUGCCAACAAUAUGAUAUCGUGAUUAUCGAAGACGAUCCGUACUGGAACCUGCAGUAUCCGUCUGCGAAGAGUCUCGCGGCGAAACACCGCGGCCUGUCGGUCGACCCGUCGCCGACGCGCAAUUACAAUGCCCACGGUCGGUCAUCGGGAUAUCAAUUCCUGGACUCUCUCGUCCCGUCGUAUCUCUCCAUCGACACGGACGGACGCGUCGUCCGCAUCGACACUUUCUCCAAAACCAUCGCGCCGGGAUGUCGCUUGGGAUGGAUCACGGCGCAGCCGGCGAUCAUCGAACGGAUCGCUCGUAUCGCGGAGACGACAACGCAGCAGCCUUCUGGGUUCGUGCAGGCCAUGGUGGCCGAGCUAAUCUUGGGACAGCAGACCGAUGAGACCGCCGCGAAGACCAAGAAGCAGGACGAUCAGGGUUGGCGAAUGGACGGCUGGGUGCGAUGGCUGGAGGGACUGCGAGGAGGGUAUGAGAAGCGCAUGCAGGACAUGUGCAGUGCGCUUGAAGAAGGCAAAUACCUCAUCCAUGCGGGCGACGAUGCGGGAUCCGCGGGCGAAAGUACCUGGGAGGUGGUGGAUAAGGUGCAGCUGUAUGAUUUUGUCUGGCCAGAGGGCGGCAUGUUCGUGUGGAUCAAGGCGGCCUUCGAAACGCAUCCCUUGCAUGGGAAGUACUCGGUCGAGAAGCUGUCUCGCGCAUUCUGGGUGUUCUUGACGCAAGCUCCACAUCUGUCUCUGCUGGCCCCUGGUAGCAUGUUCUCUCCCUCGCAGCAGAUCAAGGAUCGAUCCCAUCCUUACUUCAGACUGUGUUUCUCGGCAGUUCCGGGCGAGGAGGUUCGGAGUAUCACUGAGAGGUUGGUUGGUGGUUUCCGUGCAUUCUGGCAGGUGAAGGACCUGGAUGGUAUUGACGUGGAAGGUGAUGUAUCAGAUGUGCUUCAGUCCUUGCAGGUGGAGAACCUGGGGAAUAUGCUGGGUAUGGGGUGUUAG